UAACUUCCGUCUUACUUCACUACAGCUGACCUCAUAACCCACAUCUUGGCUUGGAGAUAUCUUGGACGCCUGAUAGACUGCCAUCCUACACUGACACGAUGCCUCCGCAGCAGGGAGAAGUAUCCCUUUUGACGCUCUUCGCAGACGUUCACUACUACAUCUCCCCGCCUACCCAGACCCCCCCGCACCAUCGCUUCGACAAAAGCUCCUAUGUCUACCUCUACCACAACCCUAUGCGCCAGAGCGGUCGCAUAGAAGUAGCGAACCAUGCGGGCACUCCCAAUCAGGAUGCCUUUUCUGGCCAACUUGACACAGUCAAGAUCGAGCACACAUACAAACACCCAUGUCUGUUCACCCUCACCGUCGACGCUUUCCGGAGUCACAACGGCAGCGCGAGCCCUCACCAAGACACAUCGCAAUGGCAUCUCCCCACACCCGAUCCUUCGAACCAGGGCAAAUACAUGUACAGGCUACACACGGUGGACUUGUACUUCUGGACGCCAGAAGAUGCGAGCCUCUUCCUCGACUCUAUCCGAAGAGUAUUGCAACCACACCAGAUGCAGAUUGUGCGCAACCCCAAUGCUACACCAACACACUCGGAACACAAGAACGACGCCCUGAGCCCAGUCAUCGCAAGGCUGGAGAGCGCAGCCAUUUCACACACAAGCCGCACUCCAAGUGUUAGCACAACACAGUCGUUCCCCGGUCCUCCCACAGCGCCCGCCCCUACAUCACCCCCUCCGAGCGAGCAGCCACCCAACUACGCUCCAAUGGCAUACAACCCAGCUGCUCCAGCCGCGCCUGAGCCAAUUGCUCAUCGCGAGAAGACACCACCACCGCCAGACGCCAACGAUGGUACGGGACUUGGAUCUGCCGCUGUUCACGAUCAACAUGCAGUACAAUACGGCAACCCAUUACAAGCCUCGUUCGCGCCUCAGCCGACAUCAGGGGCAUACUUCCCAGGCCCACCAGCGCCCGGCCAGGGCUUCACAGGCCCACCGAGUGCAUCGCAAAGUCCGCCAUCCUUCGCACCACCCCCGUCUGCCCCUCCCCCAGGCCAAUACAACGGCCACACCCCACCACCGCCAGCCAUGAAGCGAACAUCUACAGCACCAGUCCACCAGUACGCCAACUACCCAUCCUCGCCUGGCUUCCCUCCUGCUCCCCAAUCACCUCCCGCGCAUUCUGCUUUACCAUCUCCCGGAUUCCCUCCCCAGCAAUACCAGCCAAUGGCUUCUCCUGGUUACGCACAAUACCAGUACGGUAGCACAGGCACUCCACCUCAGGGACAGAACCUACAUCAGCAGCUAUACAGGCCGACGGAGAGUGAAGCCUCAGUGGAAAACCACGAGAACCCCAACGCACCGCAACGCAACUCCAACAUCGGAAAGCGGGUAGAUAAAGUGGAGAAGGGGAUUGGCAGUUUCUUGAAAAAGUUGGAUAAGAAGUUUUAGUACUUGCAUACCUCUGUUUUGCCAGUUCUUGUAUCUAUCUUGGAAGUAUCUUAGCCAGCGUAGUCAUUUGUACGAUUUAUAAAAGCAUAUCUACCAUUUCGAAGUUUAUCCACGACCACUAUUGCGACCAGCGUUUGUCUGUCUGUGCCACGGCUUGUAGAUCAAACAUGUGAAUGCGAUCAUCCUGCAGUAGGAGCGCCAAUCAGAAGCCGGCGCUAGUGUAGCCUGGAAUCUGGGAGAUGGCGCCUAAAAUAGCAGCAGGUUUUGGAGAUGACAUGAGCGUUG